CUGGUAACACUGUGCCUCUUUUUGAUAAAUUUGUUUCGUAAAAAAUGGGCGACAACGUGGUGACGGAACUAAAUAACUUGGAUUUGAACAAGCAAAAGGCAUGUUAAACUCUUUUCGAACUGCAUUCGAGUGUAUGAGAAGUGCUAGUUAGCCGAAUUAUGUUGAAGUUGGCACCGCAGGGCGGCAGAUAUUAUAGCCAAAUAAGCCGCAUUUGCCAGCGGAUUUUGCCGAAAAUUCAGACGCAGUCGAAAACACCAAAACAACAACAGCAACAGCAACCACAAUUGAAAGAACAACAACAACACAGCUACGCAACUUUGGCUGCCAAGAUGAAGAAGGAGAAAAAGGAGAAGCCAUCCGGCGGUGGAGAUACUCGCAAGGAACUCAGUCCCUUGCCCAAGUACAUAGAGGAGCGCAAUGUCUUCUGGGAGAAGUGCAAGGCGGAGUACGAGGCCGAACUGGCGGCCAAGACGCGUGAGCCCAUCAAGGUGACACUGCCCGAUGGCAAGCAGGUGGACGCCACCUCCUGGGAGACCACCCCGUACGAAGUGGCUCGCGGCAUUAGUCAGGGUCUCGCUGACAACACCGUCAUCUCCAAGGUGAACGGCGAGGUGUGGGACUUGGACCGUGUGCUCGAGGGAAACUGCACCCUGCAGCUUCUCAAGUUCGACGACCCGGAGGCGCAGGCCGUCUUCUGGCACAGCUCUGCCCACAUCAUGGGUGAGGCCAUGGAGCGCAUCUAUGGUGGACAUCUGUGCUACGGGCCGCCCAUUGAAAAUGGCUUCUACUACGACAUGCAUCUGGAGGGCGAGGGUAUCUCCACCAACGACUACGGCGCCAUGGAGGGUCUGGUUAAGCAAAUUGUGAAGGAGAAGCAGAACUUCGAACGUCUGGAGAUGAAGAAGUCCGACCUGCUGGAGAUGUUCAAGUACAACGAGUUCAAGGUGCGCAUUCUCAACGAGAAGGUGACCACCGACCGCACCACUGUCUACAAGUGCGGUUCUUUGAUCGAUCUCUGCCGCGGACCCCAUGUUCGUCACACCGGCAAGGUGAAGGCUCUGAAGAUCACCAAGAACUCUUCUACCUACUGGGAGGGCAAGGCCGACGCUGAGACACUGCAGCGCGUCUACGGCAUCUCAUUUCCCGACCCGAAGCAGCUCAAGGAGUGGGAGAAACUUCAGGAGGAGGCGGCUAAGCGGGAUCACCGCAAAAUCGGUCGCGAGCAGGAGCUGUUCUUCUUCCAUGAACUUUCGCCUGGCUCGUGCUUCUUCCAGCCGCGAGGAGCGCACAUCUACAACACCCUGAUGGGCUUCAUCAAAGCGGAAUAUAGAAAGCGUGGUUUCCAAGAAGUUAUUUCGCCCAACAUCUACAACGCCAAGUUGUGGAUGACCUCCGGCCACUGGGAGCAUUAUGCCGAGAACAUGUUCUCCUUCGAAGCCGAGAAGGAGAAGUUCGCCCUCAAGCCCAUGAAUUGUCCAGGACAUUGUCUCAUCUUCGAUAACCGCAAUCGAUCCUGGCGCGAGCUGCCACUGCGAAUGGCCGACUUCGGUGUGCUCCAUCGCAAUGAGCUCUCCGGUGCUUUAACCGGACUAACUCGCGUGCGUCGCUUCCAGCAGGACGAUGCGCACAUCUUCUGUGCCCCCGAGCAGAUUAAAAGCGAGAUGAAGGGCUGCCUGGAGUUCCUGAAGUAUGUGUAUACCAUUUUCGGAUUCUCCUUCCAGCUGGUGCUGUCCACACGCCCGGAUAAUUACCUAGGCGAGUUGGAACAGUGGAAUGAUGCGGAAAAGGCGCUGGCUGAAUCACUCAACGAGUUCGGAAUGCCGUGGAAGGAGAACCCCGGCGAUGGCGCCUUCUACGGACCGAAGAUUGAUAUUACCAUUAUGGAUGCCCUGAAGCGUGCCCAUCAGUGCGCCACCAUCCAGUUGGACUUCCAGCUGCCAAUUCGCUUUAAUCUCAGCUACAUCGCCGACGAUGGCGAGAAGAAGAGGCCGGUGAUCAUCCAUCGCGCUAUUCUUGGCUCAGUGGAGCGGAUGAUUGCCAUUCUCACGGAGAACUUUGCUGGCAAAUGGCCCUUCUGGCUAUCACCGCGCCAAGUGAUGGUCGUUCCAGUGGGUCCUGCCUACGAUCAGUACGCCCAGGCUGUGCGGGAUCAGCUACACGAUGCUGGAUUCAUGAGCGAGGCGGAUUGCGAUGCCGGCGACACGAUGAACAAGAAGAUACGCAAUGCUCAGUUGGCCCAGUUCAACUUCAUUCUGGUGGUGGGCGACAAGGAGCGCUCCUCGAACACCGUUAACGUGCGCACUCGGGACAACAAGGUGCACGGCGAGGUCUCCGUGGCGGAACUCAUCACGAAGCUGCAAAAGAUUCGCGACGAAUUCAUCGCCAACGAGGACAGCUUCUAAGACUCUAUUUCGAACUAUUUAUCAAAAGUAUACUUAACAUUUGCAUAGCAAAGCAAGUACGCAUUUUUGUUCUUUCUAUGUAUUUACGCUUACGAAACCGGAAUUCACAAAUAAAAAACCAAAUCCAAACACA